AAAAGUUGAAGAACGAGGCAGCAGCUGAUCCAGAGUUGACAAACAUUGGACACCCGCCACAACUACGCCUCAUUUAAACUAAACUUGCCACUAUAACAAGAAGAUUAAACUUGAAACUAGACCAUCAGUGCUUCAAGAUGGCCAGAUUUGACUCCUUUGAGCAGCUGAUAGUGCGGAGAGAGACAGGAUACGUGUGUGAUGAGGAAGCUAUGAUUAACUUCUCCAAGGUUGUAUCCUUCGAUGAUGCUGUGUUUAAACACAUUACUAAAUGUGAGACCAGCAUGUUGCUGCUCUCCAGCCAUAACUCUGUGCAGCAGUUCACUUUUGAUGUUGUGGUCGGGGAUGGUAAGGAAAGUGGCCGAGGUCGAGGUAGGCCUAGUGGUGGUCUGAGUGACACUAGGCCUACCAGUAAUGUAACAAUGGCUCAGGCCUGGCUCAGGUGUGAGGAUAAAGGCUUCCAUGGCAUGCAGGCAUUGUCGUUAAUUAAUGCCUCCUGUAUGCCUAAUAAUGGUUGUAGAGAGAGGUACUCUGUGGCACAGUAUGUCAACUCUCUCAUCCACAGUAUUGAAGCUUACUUUAUGUUCCAGAAGCCAAGUUGUUUGUUCUGUGUUAAUGCUGUAGAUCUCUGGCAGACUUUUGAAGAACUGGAGCUAGAUACUUGUUAUAUUGUUAUGGUGUGGAAGUUCAAGAAUGAUCCUAACAAAGAUGCAUCACUACGAAUUUCCCUCAAUAAGCUGAACACGUCGCCCACCUCGAUGAGGAAUGAACCACUACAGCAAAAGUCAAUUUUCCAAACUACCCCAACUGCAUCACAGUUGAAGGAUGCACCGAAGAGAAAAUCUGUACCUCUUAAACCCCAAAUAAGCGAAUCUACAGUUGUUAGUAAAAGAGGAAGACGGAGUGUUUGCGUUGCUGCUGCACAAGACACUGAUACCAAUAUAGAUGAAGAUGGUGAAAUUACUUUUAAAACAAAGUCCACUGCAGCUGUCAUACCUCAAGUAAAAUAUUUACCGGAAAUGUCACCCAAGAAAUUAAAGGCUGCAGCUGUAGUAGAACCCCAGCCAGAAGAUAAUGCAGAAGAUAUUACGUUUAGUUUUGAGAGGUCACAGUCCAAAACAUCUUCACGCAAGAGUAGUGCUCGCAAGAGUUUGAUGCCCGAGUGGCCAGACCUUGAGAAGGAUGAUGUUCUGUGUUUCUUUGAUAAUCUUAACCCCAAACAAACAGAGCAGACAUGUAUUGCUCUCACUUGCAAGUUUGCUUCAAUGAAGUAUGACCGGGAGCUACCAUCCAAGUUGCUGUAUCAGUGGGUGCAAAAGAAAGGACGUACCAUUCAGAAGACUGUCAACUCCUAUGAUUUGCCAGAGAAGGAACAAAAGGAAACCAUGGUGCAGUUCUUCAAAUCACUAAAUCCUGACCUGUCAGAGGCCACUCGUGUAGCAUUUACAUGUAAGUUUAUGCAAACCCAGUUUGGUGUCGCUGUACAAUCUAAACAGUUCUACAGUGUACUCGGAGAUACUGGUAAGAAGUCAUCUAAACGUCGUUAGUUUGGGCUAAUGUACGCCAUGGAAAAGAUGUGUGUAAAGUGUGUAUAUAUAUAUAUAUUUUUUAUGGAUUAAAGCAGUUCAAGUAUUUAUAACAAGCUUCUCUAAAAAAAAUUUAAGUUUUUAGGUAAAUUUUUAUUUAAAUGAAAAACCUGCUUACUGUUAUUUUUUCCAGACACAUAUUCAUUUAAUGCAAAUUUCUUUGGAAAUAAGAUUCUUUUGUAGAAAAUACUAUUGGUAUGUGUGUGUGUUAUUUAAACAAAAUGUACUUAUUGACAUCUGUUUGUGGGGAGCUGAGUCUCAGCUCUUGGCCCUGUCUCCUAAACUACUUUAAUUUUUCCUACUGAAGAAGAAUAAAAAGACAAUACUGUGACUGGAACAAUACACAAAUAACCUGCACAUAUGAGAAUGAAACUUAUGAUGACAUUCAGUUCAAGUUGGACUAGUCAUACAGAAGUGUGACUAGUUAAUGGUUCAAGUUGGUCUGAAAUGUCAUAUAUUUCAUUCUCCUAUUUUUUAUAUAUACGUAUAUUUUCCUUAUUGAUAUCCAACCUCUUGGGCCUUAUGCCUACUUAAAGCUGUUUGCUGAAUUUAGUGCUCCCACUUCCUCAUCCAGCUCCUAUUUUUCAGUUUCUUUUGAGUGUAAUAUAAAUACUUUCCAACAUACCUAUGCCUCAUUUGUUUCUUCUUUCAUAUUUGUUCCAAAGUCCCUGCUCUUAUUUCAAAAUUGAAACUUACCUUUAUUAAUUCCUGUUAGAAUUUUGUAUGCCUUACUCAUCUCUCUAAAUUUUGCCCACUCCCAAGAGUUGUUUGUACCUUUCACUGUAACUCCUUCAUAGGUUCAUUAAUGUUUUCUUUUUUUUAUGCAUUGACACCAUUCUCCUUGCAUUCCAUCUUCUUACUCUAUUCAUUAAAUAAUGAUUUGACAUUUUAGAUACUCCUUUAAAAGCUGUACAACCAAAAGUCUGCUUUUUAACUUUUUAUCUACUGUUAUAUAGUCAAACUGUUCACAUGAUACACUUCAUCAUACCUUGUAUUGCCUUUUACCAAACCUCUUUCUAAACAAUUUCGUACUAUGCCCUCUACAAGUUUCUCCCACUUUUAUUAAGGUCCCCUAAGACAAUUAGUCUUGUCUUAAAUUCAUUCAACAUCCAUUUAACAUCUGACUCUACUGCCCUUCUUUAACCUCCAGGUGCAUAGACACUUACUGUAACCCACCUUUCACUUCCCACUGUUUGCUAAACCACAUAAUUUUGAAUUAAAAAUUUAUGAUUCAACUUUCCACAAUUGUUCAAUAAGUAUUACUACCAUGACUUUAAGAUCUUGUUCACUCAGAUACACUUAAUUUAGUCCUAUUUAUUCCUCCCCUUUCAAACUCUUCUCCUUUUAUCUUUUUUGUGCUCAGGACUAGAACAUCUAUCUUCCUCUCAUCUGUUUCACAUCCACCCACAUUUCAGCAACUCCCUUUCAAAAUUUCUUUAGUCUUAUUAGGUUUAUAGAAAAAAAAAAGUACCAGCCUCUUGUUCCUAGCAUUUUAAGUACAUUUUACAAUGCAUAUGGCUUAUGGGAAAGCAUUCAAACCCCCAUGGGACUGGAAAGGAAUUGCUACAGUAACAUGAGCUAGAGGUGGGGUCAUUACCUGUAAAUUUAAUUAGGUGACAUACUGUACCUGUGGCUGGUUUUGAGAGCUCUACUCUCAGUCCAGAUUAAGGACAAACGUAUACGUAUACAUAUACACUACUUGUAAUAUUUCAUUUUUAUGCUAAUUUUGUUUAAUUAUGUACUGGAAUUUUUUAUCACCUUGAUAAUACAAAUAAUUAGAGCAUUUAUUUUUAUGAGAUAUUUAGGUAAAUUAAAUUUUUUUAGUGUACACUGUUAAUCCCUCCAUAGCCAGUAUUUGUAAGCCAGUUUUGGAUUAAAAUUUAGUAUAUCUUUAUUGAAAUGAGAUGCAGAUUGACAACGGUUCAUAAUUAUUUUUAGAGUGAGUAUACAGUGAAGCCUCCAUUUAGCAAAGCCAGAGCUGUUAUGGAAUAUUUUUCAAAAUGGUUCUGGUCAAUUUCCCACAUUUGUAGCUGUUUUCUCUUAUAUACCCUUAUGAAAAUAAAAUUGAAUGCAAUUACAGUACAUGUAUAGUGAUGUUUAAUGAAAUUAUGUGGUGUCUAGGAAAAUAACUUGCAUGAACACGGAGGCCUCACUGUAAUUCGAACAAGUUAUUGUUUAUUUAAUAGAAAAUUGUAAGGCUGUAUGUUUUGCUAAUUUCUAAUACUCAUUUAAGCAUUCUUAGAAAACUGAUGUUUUUAAUAAGUUGAAUCUAUUGCACUGAAUGAGAUUUCAGAAAGUUUACCAAGAUAUUGUGAUUAUGUUGAAAAAUAACAUGGUCUUUUUGUAUUUGCAAAUACAGUGGACCCCCGCUUAACGAUCACCUCCAAAUGCGGCCAAUUAUGUAAGUGUAUUUAUGUAAGUGUGUUUGUACGUGUAUGUUUGGGGGUCUGAAAUGGACUAAUCUACUUCACAAUAUUCCUUAUGGGAAAAAAUUCGGUCAGUACUGGCACCUGAACAUACUACUGGAAUGAAAAAAGUUCGUUAACCGGGGGUCCACUGUAUUAACUGUUUUUUAAUUGCUUUUAUAGGAGACUCUUUUUAAAUGAUAAUUUUAUAAUUGCAUUUAUAGGAUACUUGAAAUUAGUGUUAAUUAAAUGUGACAAGUU